UAUCUAUCUAUCUAUCUAUCUAUCGUUUCAUUGCUAUCAUUUAUACCCUUUCAUCAUGCCUGUUAGAAUCUCGACUGGUCUCGUGCAGGGCGUGCCCUCCGAGCUGCCCAACAUCACCGUGUACAAGGGCCUGCGGUACGCGGCGUCGACUGGCGGCGCGAACAGAUGGCGCGCCCCCCAGCCGCCGGCGUCGUGGGAGGGCGUCAAGGUGGCCGACACGUUCGGCCCGCCGUGUCCGCAGGUGGCCUUCGGGGCUGUCGACCUGGUGGUGGAGCCCAGCGAGGACUGCCUGUCGCUGAACGUGUGGACGCCCGUCGACGUGGAGAAGACCGACGUCGCCAGCGCCGAGAAGCUGCCCGUGUUUGUGUGGAUCUACGGUGGCCGCUUCAUUGCCGGCUCGGGCUCUGAGCGGGCGUACGACGGCGCGGGCCUCGCCUCCAAGGGAAUCGUGGUGGUCACCCUCAACUACCGUGUCGGUAUUCUGGGAUUCCUGGCGACUCCCGAGCUGAGCGCUGAAUCCGGCCACAACUCGUCGGGCAACUACGGUAUCCUCGACCAGAAUGCCGCCCUGAAGUGGGUGCAGGAGAACAUUGCUGCGUUUGGCGGUGAUCCGGCCAAGGUGACGGUUGGUGGACAGUCUGCCGGCGGUGCCUCGACGGGUCUGCACAUCCUCUCCCCCCUGUCGAGGGGUCUGUUCCGCGCCGCGAUCCCCCAGUCUGGCUGGCGGUACCCUCGCGACCCGUUGCUGAGCGGGUUGGCCCCCGCAUACCGCACGAAAGAAGUUGCCGAACGUCAGGGCGCCGAGACGGUGCGCGAGAAGGGAGCCGCCACGCUGGAGGAGCUGCGGGCGAUGCCGCUGGACAAACUGCUGGAGGGGAACAACAAGAACGACGACCGAUGGGGCAACCCGCCGUUCUACCGGCCGUGUAUUGACGGAUAUGUGAUCCCGCUCAACUACAACGAGUCGCUGCAGGAGGGGAUCCAGGCGGACGUGCCCAUCAUGACGGGCCACAACGCCGACGAGGGCGGCACGUACACCGACCCUGCCUUUGACGAGAACGACUUCAAGGCCUGCGCCGAGCAGAAGUACGGCGCCGCCCUGCUCGACCAAUUCCUCAAGCUGUACCCUGUUGUCGACGGGGAUGCCCGGGCCGCCUGGAACGACGCCGCGCGCGACCACUCGCGUAUGACGACCGCUCUGUGGACGGAGGAGUUCCACAAGCACGGCAAGAGUCCUAUCUACGGAUACUUUUACACGCACGCUCCCCCCGCUCGGGCCGGUGGACCGGACUCGGUCUUCAAGAAGAAGAAGGAGGGAGAAGAAGAGAAGAAGGAGAAGGAGGAGGAAGAAAAGCCCCAGCUGCGGAUCUACGAGUCUGCCGUGCCUCGCAAUGUCUACACGUACAGCAAGAUCGGACCUGGCGGUCGUUUCGGCGCCUUCCACGGAGCUGAGAUCCCCUACGCCCUUAACAACCUGUACGCACAGGAGGGGUACGAGUACGGCGAGACGGACCACCAGGUUGCUGCCAGCAUGUCGGGCUACUGGGCCAACUUCAUCAAAACGGGCAACCCGAACGGCGAGGGGCUGCCGGAGUUCCAGGCGACGGGCGACGGCAAGAUCAUGACUCUGGGCGCGGAGAAUGGCAUGAUUGAUGUGGUGGAUGUUGCGGAAAAGCAGGCUUUCUGGAGGGAGUGGUUUGCCACGCAGCCUAUUUGGUGAGCAGCUAUAGCGAGUUUCGAGCUGUAUCGUUAAUGUAGACAUGAUAGAUGAAUUCAAUAAUAAGACUUAAGAAUAGGUACAUAGUGAU